GUUCUUGACCCCGAUGAUUCAAACUUGGACCUGUUUCCACCAGAGCCGUUGCUUGUGAGAAGGCGGGAACGUCAAAGCGCAGUCAAAGAAUUCGUUGAUCAGCGGCUUGGCCUGCACUACCACCGCCGUCUACGGAAGAACUUGAAAAUUGUUAAGCCCAAGCCGGCAUACAAUGUUAAGAAGUUUAAUCUUAUCCGCUACGUUUUUCCUGAGAAAGUACUUGUCCCAGACGGUCCCGUCCCUGUUGAGGAAAUGGAGGUACUGGACGCCACCAAGGUCAACACAACCCUAGAGUAUCUCGAUCUAAAGCAGCAGCUGGCCAAGUCCAAGCGCCAGAAAAAAAAACUGGCCCGCAUGCAGCUGCUCGGCUUGCCCUGCAUUGAGAAGGAGCAGCUAAGGGCGGCAGAUCCUUGUCUGGAGGUCGAGGAGGAGCUGGAUGUCGACUGGGUGCCGACUCCAGAGCCUCCGUACAAUGAGGGCGAAGGUCACCAUAGACAGGAGGGUGGAUGCAACCGACCAACUCCCUCACAAGCAGCAGGCCACACUAGCACCACUGGGAACUCUGGCUGUUCCGGCUUCCAUCGCGUGUCUGCUGGCCAGGAAAGCGUCGACAGCGGACGGUUAACUGCCGGCAUGGAGUCGCAACCGGCACGUUGGCGUGGAAAUAUGCCGGCACCCAAGGAGAGGGAGAAGACCCUGACAAUACACCCGAGACGAAAGCGCGACUAUGCCACCGAGCGCAUUCCUUCUGAAAUAUUCAACCAGGUGCUGCAGAAUUCUUUACUGCCGCUCCUAGAGCAACCGGAACCUGAGAAGCUCCGCUUUGCCAAUGUAAGGACCAAAAAGCGCCCGUAUACAGAAAUAUUUGAGGCCAGACACCACCAUGACCAUUGGGCGCCGACUCAAGUGAAAAAUGUACACGUACAGUAUCAGCCGAAGACCGUUCUUCCCGAGAUUACAAAGGUGUCGAAUAAGGUCCGGGAACCGGUGGUCAAAUUUCAGAAGGCUAAUCCGCCCAGCACCAGGCAUGUGGACAAGGAUCUAUCCAUGCCCAGCUACGACUUUAGCCAUAUGAUUUCCAAACAGCUGGCUGCUACCCGCAUUGACAGCAAAGAGGCUGCAGGCGAAAUAGUGCCUAACCUCUGUCGACCAUACGACAUCGUUUUUCACUCGCGGGAUCCCGAAGAGUUGGGCAAACUAGACUUUCCGGGUCGCAAACAGUAUCUGGACCAGCUGCGUGACACCCGCGAAGCCAUUUACGAGACCAAGGACAUCGAACCUGGCGAAGAUCGCCUAUUAGUAGAUCGUCGCGCAGUGGUCGCGGACCUUGAGGAGGACCUCAAGAGCAUUGAAAACUGCCUUAGCUCAUUGAGCAGCUCCGAGUGCACUGAUCUGUCUAACGACAGUGGCAGCUUCAUGGUGAUCGAGGAUAAGACUAAGUUGCCCCUGGAUUACAUACGAAAGCCACUGGUGCCAUUCGAGGAAAUGCGCCGCGCACGCUUCCACGCGGCGGUUAUUGACGUGAACGCCGAGGACGAGGAUCCCUACCGCAUGCUGCCAUUUUCGGGUCAGCACAAGGAGCAGGCCGAUAUGCUGGGUCCCAAGGAUACGUUUUUUACCUUCAGCACUCGGCUGCGAAACAGCUUACGGUUGCGACUGGAGGUGCCCGUACCGGAUGUCCGCAGGACCCUGCUUGGACCCGGGAACCGCAAGUACUACGGGGCAGUGAUCACCGAUCUUGACGAGAACUAUAUUGAGGAGUUAAAAAGCCGCGCCACCAUUAAGUCUUUCAAGUUCAAAACCAGUAUUCAGUUGCUUAAGGACGCCAUGCGUCUGAAGUACGAGGCCCUGUUGAUUCAAGGGCAAAUGGUGCGCACCAAGAUAUACGACCGCAUGAACGAGCGACACUGGGUGGAUAUGAAGAAUACCAAGAACUUGUACGAGGCGUUGUUCGCCAAGUGGAAGAAGAAGGAGUACAACGCGGCCAUGACGAUGGUGUAUCAGGUGAAGUCGUUUUACGAGACCACCGACAAACUGAAGCAGGAGUACCGGGAUCUAGAGCGCGAGUUGAUGAUGCUCAACAUGGAUAUUGUUUUUAUCGAGGGCCACUGGAUCCGGUGUAUUAUGCUGCAGAACUUCCACUACCUAAUGGGGGACCAGGAUUGGCGAGCGGAGCGUGACUGGAUACAUCUGGUCCCCAAAAGUGAGCGCCGCGCCAGUUCCGAGGGCCAGGUUGACGAGGAGCAAUGCCCGGAGCAUGCAGCUGGGGAAGUGGAUGUGGGUGAUGAGGACUUGGAACUGGAGCCUUACGACGUAUCGAUCGCAAAGCGAUCCACCGUCAACAUUCGGGUGCGCGACAAGGACGACGCCUGGGCCAUCCGCGCCUUCUACUACGAUGUCUACAUGCAUAAGGUCCACCCAAUCCUGCAAGUCUUUCCUGACGCAGAGUCCUUCUUGCAGGGCGUCGAGAGCCUUAAGAACAAAACCUUUAUGCUGCUUCUAGAAAUGCACUUCACAAUGUCCAUUCACACCGAGCUACAGGGCCGACUGGAGACCUUUAUAGAUUGGUGCACCAAAGAACUCAAGGAAAAGCAGGAGUACGUUGCUCGCAAAUCAGCUAAAAAAUUUUUUAUGGAGGAUCGCGCAAAGGAGAUGGAGGAGAGGGUCCACCACUACCUUGGACGGCCCAUCGAGGAGACGAUUGCGGACGAGGAUUUCAACAAGCACCGCGCCGUCUUGGCCGAGGUGUGGCGCCGCGUGGUCGCAGACUCAGUUCGCGGUACCAGCGAUGUCCUGCCCAGUGCUGCUGACAUGGUGGCCGCCAUUAGCGACGUGGUCAUGGAGAUCCUUUCAAAGUUCGAAAACAUGGACAUUGAGAAGGUCCGUUCCGUAGAAGCCACCCUGCGAAAAGGACGCCGAUACAGAGAAAAGCUCUCCUACCAGGCAUAUCAGGUUGAGCGGCGCAUUGAAAUGGAGAUGAAAAAGGUGCGCCGCAAUCUGGAACCCCCCUUUAAGAAGCCGAAGCGAGAGGGACGCCUUCCAAGGCUCUUCCUUAAGAGGAGGGUCAUUCCGGAGGAAAGAGAGAUCCUUGUAAUCUCUGAGAACACAAAGAACUUUGUGCGUGCUUUUAGGGAGGACGGUUACACCGGCGACCAGAUUACUCACACCUCCUUGUUGACAGUUGACAAUAUGCAGGAGCAGAUAGUGCCCUUCUAUUUUGACCACUUCCUGAAAAUCAACGGCUACACGCCCAAUUACAACUUUAGGACAAACGUUGACUUGCGUGAUGGACCAGAGUUUAAUCGCCUGAAGGUACGUGAAGUCCUACCAGAUGUCUUGGCCAGGCUAGAGACUUGGGAGACGAUGCACAAGAAAAUUAUGGAGGAAAACAUCCAGAGAAACCCGAAGAUGUAUGAGAAUGUUAUCUAGCAGCACCUAUUCCAGUUCGAUUGUAGU